AUGAGUAAAAACCAGUUCAAGACUACGGCAUCCAGCAGUCGAGCCGCCUUUGCACCCAGCACAGGAUUUGGCGCCUUUGGAAGCACCGCAGCAGCAAGCAAAUUGUCGUACCUCGUCGAAUUACCAAACCUCACUUCGAUUUCUGAUCCGAAUUUGAUUGUCGCCUUCAGAGGCCUCCGUAAGCCAGACACUACGACCAAGUUAAGAAGCUUGAAUACCAUCACCGCUUAUGUCGAAGAACAAAGUGCUUUGGAGAAUGGUGGGGUAGAAAACCCGGUCCUAGAAGCCUGGUAUCAGGUCCACUUCUACCCCCGACUAUCCAUUGCGAAUGACCGCCGUGUUCGCGAAGCCUCUCACAGCCUGCAAGCCGCCCUCCUCAAGGCUGCUGGAAAACGAAUGGUGAAGUAUAUUCCUCGGAUAAUAGGGACAUGGCUUGCUGGAUGUUAUGAUAAGGAUACUCUUGUUUCACGAGCCGCGCAGCUGGGGAUUGAGACUUUUCUUGACACUGACGAAAAGAUGACCCAGUUCUGGAAGCGUGGCCAACCUCAAAUCCUUGAAUAUGCCCAAGAAGCCAGCCAGGAGACCUCUGCGACUCUUAGUGAUGAGCGAAACACAGCGUCCGACGACUCGAUGGAGGUGUUCUAUCGAGUCCAAUGCUCUAGCUUGUCGCUGGUGACGAACCUACUCCUCAAGUUGAAGGUGGAAGACAUCACUGCUUGCCAAAGUACGUACGAGGCAUACUUCAGCGACAAAAGCAUUUGGUAUUAUGCUGCUUCCCCGGAUUCUUCUCUCCGUAGGGUUGCUUGCAACAUGUUGGUGGCAUGCUUGGAGAAGCAACCAAAUAUCGUGAUGCAAAAGAUUGAAUCAAUUAGCACCGGAUACAUCGCGUCGGCCUUACGAGAAUCCCAAUCAACGACUGCUUUGCUACUCUUACAAACUCUGGAGAAGCUGACGGUUCGACAUCCAAAAGUAUGGGAUGGUCCCUACAGAGUUUCGAAGGAGAAGUUUCCUUCAUCAUUUGAUAUCUUGCGCCGUUUUGUCAAAAAGGGUUCUCAUAGCUGUCCUCCUAAAUAUUGGUCAUCCCUGCAAUUACUCGUUCAUCGCUUACCUUCCAAGAUUCUGCCCUCAAAAGCAGAUGCUGCCCUUGAUUUCCUGGCAUCUUUGAAAAAAGGGAUCGAGGGGGAACCCAGGCAACACCUCGCGCAGGCAUGGUCGAGUUAUUUCGACAUAGCUAGUGUCCUUGUUAAAAACAUACCUGAUGUCAAGGAUCAGAAUGCAGUGGUGAAGGACAGGAUCGUGAGAUUGUUUGACGAAUAUUUUUCGGGCGAAAUAUUGGUUCCAACUUCGGCACUCGCUGAAGCCUACUAUAUCCUCCUAUCAAACACGAACCUUGGCGGCUCAGAAGAAUGUCUACUGGAGCAUCUCACCUCAUUUUCCAACUCGCUUGCACAACAAAUUCGGAAGUCUCUCGAGGUCGCAACCGAAGAUGCCGAACAACACGUUAAAAAUCAACGGCACAUAAUCCAGAUGGGUCACCGCUGGUUUGUUCUGCUAGCAGAUAUUUUAAGGCCGAACAGCUCACAGGACCACGCUGAUAAAAUUGUAAUUCCGUCCAGACAAGUAUUCAUAGCCGCUAUUGAAACGAUCAUUAGCGAGGAUGGAAAGGCAUACUCGGCGGCUGCGAUAGUAGAAAUGGUCCUUCGAUUUGCACCAGUAUUGGUAGAUGACGAAACCAAAGAUUCUAUGAGAACAUUAGUGCUUGCCACAUUUGAGAAGUGCUGGGAGGCUACAAUCAAUUACCUGGUCGAUGUCCGACCCCGAAACAGCACGUUUGUGGUACUCAAAGGACUGAUUGAGUAUGACUCGGCAGCGAAGCUUUCUCGUGCGCACCACGGGCUUCAAACUUUACUCCUGGAUGCUAACACAAGAUCACUGCAAGGGGAAUCCGAUGCUCGGUCCUUGGUUGAGACAGCAAUACAGUUUGACUGUUUUGCAGAUACUUCGGUAUCUGCACUUAUUCAAGAACUUCUCCGUCAUCUUAAUCCAAAGAAUUACGAUGUUCUUUCGGAAAGGUCUGAGGUGGCGCUCAAAACUCUGGAAUGCAUCUCUGUGAAGAGACCAAGAUUAUUAUAUCAAGACCAAGAUACUCAGAUGGAAUUGAACACCAUUUUGCUGGGUCUCAUUGAGACUUCGGACGACGAGAUCGCUCCUCGAGCCCUAAAGUUGAAAUCUGACGUCGAUAAAAUAAGACCGUCGACCGGGCCUACAGAGCAGAACUUCAUGCUCCGCCUCAUACGGAAUAACCUCGAACUUGACUCGGAGGACCCACGAUUAUUGUUCAUUGACACACUAGUAUCUCAAGCCACGAUUGUAAGAGAAUCUUCUGGCGAUUCUGUGUCGGCUGUGGAUUUCUUCCCGGACGUUCAGAAAUGGUCCGAAGCUUUGAAAGCCCCCUUAAAUCUGCCCCCAAAUCCUGCACUCGGAGUUAUGAGACCAAUGGCCGGAGCCGCUUUCCUGGCUGCACCUCCACUUGUGGACGGAACAUUAACAGUUGCAACAGAAGCACUACCUUUCUCAGUCCUGGUUCGAAUGGCGCGCUAUACGUCAAAGUUGGUUGAUGAUAUGGAUAUUGUCACAUGUCUGCCAAAAAUAUUGCUCGUAGAACUUCUGCAUUCUCUUCUCCUUACUGUUGAGCUGUUAAGCGAUCGAAUUGAACUCUUCCCGGAUGGAAGGUUACCAGAAGGCGUUAUGGAUUACGACGCAACAAGUGAUCUUGUUUUUAGCAAAUUCCUAUCUCCUGAGAUCAUCAAGGCCCAUAGAUGGAAACCCCAGAAUACAGCGAAUCCUGAUGGUGAUAUGGGCCGUGUGGUAAAAUCUUUAAGCGCCAACUUGAUUGAAAGUGCACGUUCCACCUCACCAAGUGCUUACUAUGCUUCUAAGGCACUCAAUCACUUGCUGACACGUGUUUUGGAUGCUCAUAAAUGCAGUAUUGCCGACUGUGAUGCCAACUUGACCGAGUCAGGCGUCGUGCUAUUGGAGACAAAGGAUACACUUGCGAAUAUCGGGAUUCUCUCUGGUUUCAACACCAAUCUUGCAAAAAGCAAGGUUGCCAGCAAUUUAUGCAACAAGUUGGUUAGCGCAAUCGUGGAUGCAUCACCUCAGUCAGAGAAGACGCUUGGGUCACUUGUGCUUCUUAAUACUGCCUUGGCCGUAUAUGAUGAAGAGGAAGAUGUAAUACCUGUCUCUACCAACCGUCUCGUGUUCGCUGUCAGGCAAAUCCUUUCUUGGUCUGAGGAUCUUGCUAGCACUGACAGCCGACUUGCUUCUGAAGCUUGCCAUGCCUUGCAACGACUUUUACCUGCUAUCAAAGAUGUCUACGGCACAUAUUGGGAAACAGCUCUUGAAUUCUGCAUAUCUAUAUGGGAAUCCGAUGUGAAUGGCGAGCUCACUGAUGACAUUAUACCCAUGGUCGGAAUGUCACUGAAGCUAUACUCGGUGCUGCGGAAGAUUCAAGAACCGAAUGAUGAUUUGCUGGAAGCCUUGUCCAGCAACCGCAACAGAAUCUCCCUGGGCUUGGUUCAUUUGCUGAAGCUACAAAGACCCAUGAAUCAUAAGCCUUUAGAAUUUGUGGAUACUAUUUUACUGAGAGAGCUGCGGGAGAUUUCUACUGACGACUUGCAAGACCUGUCAGACUUCUACUUGGUGCUGUCGUCAGACAAUAGGAAGCUGCAAUCGGCUGCGUUUCAUAUGCUCCAGAGUGGUAUUCCCUCGGUUCAGCAACAAUUGUCGGUUGAUGUCCUCCUUGAAAAGAGAGAUGCACGACUUCCUGAUGAGCUGUUAUCGUUACUCCUCAACUCACCAUCUUUUGGCACUUACUCAGACGGACAAUUACGAGAAUUUCCAACAGAUAUCAGAUGCUAUUUGCUGUCAUGGUAUCUUGUCUACUUUUCAUUCUCGAACGCUUCCUUGAAGGUCCGGAAUGAUUAUGCCGAGAUACUCAAGACAGAGCAGGUGAUCGAUCCGCUUCUGGUCUUUCUGUUUGACGUAAUGGGGCACUCUGCUGGCGCACCUCUUGAUUUGGAGAGAUGGGGAUUUACAAAUACGACGUGGGGUUACGACCUUUGGGACCCUAUGGUUGACACAGACCCAGAGCGUGAUAUGCAGUGGCUUCUUGUGAACAUUUGGUUCAUGUGCUUGAAAUAUACACCAGAUCUAGCGAAGACUUGGUUUCUCGCUCUGAAAUCCAAGCAAACCACCCUUGCCGUCAGCACCUGGACUGAAAAAUACUUCUCUCCUUCUUUAAUCUCGGACGCCAAGGACGUCGCAACGAAGUGGGAUGAAGCACAAGAAGUCUCAGACGAUGAGAAGAAACUCAUCGUUAGGGUCUCGAGGAAUUCACCAAAUAUCACAGUUGGCUAUGAGAUCGACGAGUUGAUGAUGUCGAUUGUCAUGAUCUUGCCAAGCAAUUACCCUCUCGACAGAGUGGAUGUAAAAGGCGUCAACAGAGUAGCAGUCAAAGAAUCAACCUGGAACGGCUGGAUGCGGACUAUCCAAGGUGCUACAAUGUUCAACAACGGCACCGUUGCCGAUGGCCUCACAGUCUUCAAAAAGAACAUAUUCGCAGCCUUGAAAGGACAAACCGAAUGUUCAAUCUGUUACUCCAUCAUUUCCUCCGACAAGCGCAUGCCCGAUAAACGCUGCCAGACCUGCAAGAAUCUAUUCCAUGCGAAUUGUCUGUUCAAGUGGUUCGCGAGCAGUAAUGCGAGUACGUGUCCGAUGUGUCGACAGCCGUUCGGUUAUGCUGCUACUAGUGUUGCACAGCGCGUGAGGGAUAAUUUUGCUGCUUGA